AGCCCAAUGAAUGAGAAUGCAUUGACGGUUUUUGGACCAAUUUCUCUGUCUUUCUCAACCAAUUCAACCAGUAGGCCUCAGAAGUCCAACUCGCUUACACAACCUCUCCAAUAUCGAUAACAUUCCUCUUCAGUACAAUUUCCUCGAGAGUUAAAUAAAAAUGGUCGGCCACAACACCAGCGAAGGUACCAAGGUCACCCUUGGCGAGCACGCCCCCGUGGUCCAAGAAGGCGCAGGCGCGGUGGCCCCAGACUCCCUGGCCGCUGAGUCCGUCCGGGAAGGUGGCGAGUUUGCCUCCAACAAACGCAACACCAUCUCUACGGAGGCCGCUUCCAACCUGGCCUCUUCCAAGCCCCACGAGGCGCCCGGCAGCUUGGAGGCUUCGUCUGAGCAGGGUCAGGCAGCGCCUAGCUACGUGGACAUCCAGCGGACCCGGGACAGCUCGGGCCCACACGGGGCGAACAUCACGCAAGACCCGGGGAUGACGGGGCGCCCUGCAAAGUUCAAUGUGGAGGUCGGCGGCAAGGAGGAUCCGGGAAGGGAGGCGGUGCACUCGAUGCUGCUGAAGCAGACGAAGGGGGCACCGGGGACGGGGGAGAGGGAGGUCGGUGAGAGGGGGAAGGAGGAUGAGCAGCCUUAUGGCGUGCUGGGAAGGGAGACUUCUGCGUGAAAGGGUGUUAUUAGUAUUUUGAGAGUAUUCUGAAGUAUUCGUAAUCAAUCUGU